AUCUUGGUUGACUCUUCCAAGUUCUUGUCUUCAAAUAAAUCACACUUUUUAUUUCCUUCAUUUCAGUUUCAUUUGGAGCAAUUGUUCUCCAAGACUUUGUUCAUAAGAAACUAGAACAAAAACCCACUUCUCAUUUUGCCUUAAUAUUUGGAUAUCAUGUUUCUAUCUAGAUCAGUUUUAGGGGUUAUUUGCUUGGUUUCUUUGCUUCUUUUCCCUGUAAAUGCAAUUAGGUUGUUCACAGAAAAGGUUAAAAGUAAUGGUGGGGAUGAAACAGAAAUGGAAUCUGAUUUGUUCAUGAAGUUCAUGGAGGCACCAGAGUAUCAGAAUGGACCUGAAUGUCCAGUUUUGGCUAAAGAAGGGUUGGUAUGUGACCCUUCCAUUGUUCAUAUUGCAAUGACAAUUGAUCCUGAGUACCUGAGAGGUACCAUAGCAGCGGUCCAUUCAGUUCUCAAACAUGGUUCUUGUCCAGAAAAUGUGUUCUUUCACUUCAUUGCCUCGGAUUCGAGCUUGGUUCAUGCAAAUGACCUUACCCAGAUUGUGAAGUCUGCAUUUCCAUCUUUGAGUUUCAAGGUUUAUAUCUUCCAGGAAAAUCUUGUCAAGAAUCUCAUCUCAUCUUCUAUCCGCCAAGCUCUCGACAACCCUUUAAAUUAUGCAAGAAGCUACUUGGCUGAUGUUCUUGAGGCCUGCAUUGAACGUGUGAUCUACUUAGAUUCUGAUACAAUUGUUGUAGAUGACAUCAAAAAGCUAUGGAGUAUAAAUUUGACUGGAUCAAGAACCAUUGGAGCUCCAGAGUACUGUCAUGCAAACUUUGACAAGUAUUUCACAAGUGAGUUCUGGUCAGACCCUGAGUUAUCCGGGGUUUUCGAAGGGAAAAGGCCUUGUUAUUUCAAUACAGGUGUGAUGGUGAUGGAUUUGGUAAGGUGGAGAGAAGGUGAGUACACAAGGAAGAUUGAGAGAUGGAUGAGAAUUCAGAAAGAUAAAAGGAUUUAUGAGUUGGGUUCUCUUCCUCCAUUUUUGUUGGUUUUUGGUGGAAAUAUUGAGGCCAUUGAUCAUAGAUGGAACCAACAUGGGCUUGGUGGAGAUAAUUUGGUGAAUAGUUGUAGAACUUUGCAUCCAGGUCCUGUAAGUUUGCUGCAUUGGAGUGGUAAAGGGAAACCAUGGGUAAGGCUAGAUGCAGAGAGACCCUGCUCAGUUGAUUUCCUUUGGGCACCUUAUGAUCUGUAUAAAUAUCAUGGCUAUACUCAGCAGCAGGAACAACAAACAAAAGCAAGAAUUGCCUAGAUUUACAUCUGAUUCUUUGUGAUUUAUUUCUACAUUCUUUUUAGGCAACAUUAGAGAUUAUUUUUUGUGUAAAUAGACACAAAAGAAGCUGAGGAAUAUUGUUUCAGCUCUUUGUAUCGAGAGUUAUUUUUUGUAAUGCAAACCAUUUCGGCCUCAAGUGAAA